CGCGUGCGAUUUACUUAAAGCGCGCGUGCGACUUACUGAAACGCGCCUGCGGUUUAGUUCAACGCAUAAAAAAAUACUACCAUAUCACCUCCUAGGCUCCGUACAAACGUGAAGGGGCUCCUCAGAGUCAGGGUUUUCAAGCAGAUGCGAUCUGCUUGCUUCCUCCCUAGGUUUGAGGGCUGGGCUUCAGUGCGGAUCUCAUCUUUCACCUCCAUACUUCUAUCCAUUUGUCAUGGUGCUCGAUGCAGCACCCACUCUAGGCUAGGGUCAAGCACGGAAGUCUAGGUGGACCAGGAUUCACGUAUUCAUUGUAAAAUGGGGAUUCCUCAUCUCUAUGUUUUAUGGAUGGUGAUUAUCAGUGGAAAUGUGCGCGCUGGCGUCGAGCUCCUUCAGAGGCACGUGGGGGAGUCAGCGGUCCUCCGAUGCUCAGGCCCACCAGGUACAGAAGACACCUCGGUGUACGGCGUCCGCCUGAAGCGGUGCUGGCUGCGCGAGGAACUAGUGCUGUUCAUGCACAAGGACAGUGUCAAGCCGUACGUGCCGACCCAUCUCGACGACAAGCGAUUCAACGUCGGCGGUGACCCCAGCGGCCGGCAGGUGAACGUGACCAUCUCGGACCUGAGGCCCGGCGAUACCGACCGCUACUGCUGCGAGUUCGUAAUCGAAGCAACGCCAGAUGAUAGGAUCAUUCCUGGGGAGGUCGAAUUCUUCAUCUACGUUGGUAAUGACGACCCCCGCUCGCUGGACGUAGUGCACAUGGAGACGUCCGCGGGGGGCUCGGUCGUGCUCCCAUGCACGCGCCCUCUAGGUGAGGGUCGGCAGGCGGCGGUGGAGGGGUACAGCCUCAAUCGUCAGAGGAGCUCAGGCCCCGUGGAGCUGCUCCACCAUUCCAGGGACCAGCGGCUCCCCUCCCCCAGCUCCAUGCUCCCCUCCUCCCGGUCCUCCUCCCCCUUCCCCGCCGAUCGGCUAGUGUUCGCGACGACGCCCACCAUGGGGGGCAUGGUGUUCAACAUCACACUGCUCAAUCUGCAGCCCCAGGAGAGCGGCUUCUACAGCUGCAGCCUGCUGCUGGCCAGCAGGCCUCUGGCCGGCCACAGCCUGCGCUCGCCCGUCGUCUAUGUUUCCGUGCAAGAAAUUCAACACCUGUCUGCAGGCGGUCAGUGUAACUGCUCCAGCUACAGCACUCUGCUCUAUGCUCUGUUUGCCGGCGUAGCUGUGUUGUUGCUGCUCCUGAUGCUGCUCAUAUAUUGGGCUAGAGGAAGGAUCCGGGUCAAACCACAAGCGCAGGUCCCCAUCUACGAGGAGAUGGUCGGGGUGCGGUCGCCCAAACCGAAACUUGGCCCCUGUGGUAUAGGCACCUUCCAUCUGGAGGAAGCGGAUGUUUCUGAUUACAGCAACUCCCUUGUUGCCAAACCCCGUACUGAGAACCACUAUGAGAGCCCCAGCCUUGCAAGAAUCAUUCAGGGCUAAGGCAGGGCUCAGGGCCAUGCUUACACUCUGUGACAUCGUCACACCAAUACCUCAACACACAGUUGGUGAGGUUAAUCCUGGAACACCAAGCAAUACUUUGGAUAGAACUCUCUUAGCUAAAAUUGAGUUGAGUUGAGUUCUGAUGUUUUUAUAGGGCAAUGCUUGAAAUGUUAUAUGCAAGUUCUCAUUUUUAUAUCUCUUUUUGGAGAUUCUAUUUGUAAUAUAUAGCCUGUCUUAUGUGAGUUCUUUGCUGCUGCAUAUUAACCACCCAUAUAUUUUUCGCAUAUUGUGGCUUAAAGCUAUUGCAGGCUAUUUGCUUAUUUUUCUUUUCAUGUUUGUUUGAAUUGUCUUAAUAUCCCGACAGAAAUCAAUAAAUCGAAUGCUUUGACAAAAAAAAUAAAAAAAUGUUAAGCACCUAUUGGAUACUUUCAACAUUUUGAAAAUAUUGUGACCCUUUGUGUAACUAGACUGCAGCCUGUAAAACACAUAGCCGGUGGUCUGCAUUUGGUUUGUAUUUCCAUAGUGGUCAUCAAAUUCACUGUAUGCAACGCCUUUUGUAUGAAAGUCUCACAAAUCAGGUUUUUUGGUUUGGUUUAGAGAAAAGACUAGCAUUAAAAAUGCAAUGUGUAACAUUUCAGCUCGAUUAUUGCUGAUCUUAUCAAUAGUAUUUGUUAUCAAUACAAUAGUAUGCUGGUCAUCCCGUAACUCGGUCAAUAAUCUUUCUAUUGCCACUUUCAAAAAAGGAAAAAUUUUAAUUGGCUAUAACAGAUCCAUAUAAUGUCAGACGUGAAAUUUGGUAGACCUUUCUUAUUGCUUUGUAAGAGGUCUGAUAAGAUUUGGUCGAUUUUGUAGGUUUUAACACUUGCACAAAUACACUUUUAACCUGAUUUGGAUUUUUGGUAGGGAUAUCUGUGGUUAUUUUGCAUUCAUUGUCCCUAAUUUGCAGGAUAACAUAUUGAAAGUAAUGCUAAUAAAACUACAAAAAAGGGACAGGACACUUGGAAACAGCCAAGAAAAAUUGCAAUUUAUUAAUAUAGUCGAAAGAAGCUUUUGUAAUUCAUGAAACAUUUUUUUCCUGGUGCAUGUUCUUAACAAUCACAUUCUAGGAGGAGGAAAAAAACAACAUUAAAAGCCACAACCUUGUAUCUCAGUUACGUACAUUUUUUCUUUUCUCUAUUUUACUUUUCUUUUGAAAGAAAAGAGGAAGGCAAAGGCAACGUACCCAGACCUCCCCACCCAACCGUUCAGAUAAACAGAAAAGAAAAAAAGACCUUAAGUCAUGGGCUUUUGCUUCCUUUUCUCAGUAAAAGCCACAGUGCUUCAGCAGAUCAAUAAGCGCUCAUUGGUUAAGGACAACACAGCAAAUCCAUCCAAAUGUAUGACAUUAUUUAAGGACAUGUAGAAGAAUGAGUAGGGGGACGGGAGGCCGGACAUCAGAGUGAGAAGAAAAGGAAAACAAGUCAAAUGCGACCCUACAUUAAACUCUGACCCCUAUGGUGUCAGAGUGGACAGGUGGCCACAGGUCUACAAUAUAGGCUUCCGUUCUCUCCCGCCCCCUUUGUGCAUAGAUCAUGAACAUUACAAAAACUAAACAAACCAUAGCCAUCGUCCUCCAUAAUAUAACCGUUCUCUGAACUCAACCUGUUACGUUAAGGAAAUCUCUCAAGUCGCUAAAUAACUGCCAUAGGAAUAAACGCCAACAAGGCAGGAGAUGAUUUUGAGACGAAAAGGAAAAUCAUGAAUCAAAAUGCUCCUGAAUGAAAUAAAGGAACUUUACAAAUGCAAAGAAAACAAAAACAAUGGUACAAUAUUAAUUUGCAUGUUAUCAAUGCCUUUUUGACAAUUCAAACCAUGGAUACUUUGUUGUAAAUGUAAAGCAAUUUCUACAUAUAUUUCACAUGUAAAGCACAACACUUUUAAAAAGUUGAUUCUCAGUCCUUUUUUUUGGUAAAUAUGUCACUUGCUACAAGUUUUUCCUUUUAGUCACUUAAAGAAACAAUGCUAUUUUUGUAUUUCUAUAUCUGGUAAAUUCUUAAAAGCCUUCAGUGCUUGGAACUUGUAUUCUCUCUGUUGCAGUUUUCACAUGAAACAUUAAACUUGGAAACGA